AGUAGUGAGUGAGAAAAUGGCAAACGCCCUUGUUGAUUUUUUGUGGGCCUAAUUUUCCUACAUAUUUUCGGGGAACUAUCUUCCCCUUUUCGACCCUAUAUUAGUUCCUAGCUUUCACAAUGAGAUUCCAGGAGCAAUCUUAAUCUUUUCGAACUUGGACUUAAAGGUUUCUAACAGUACAAUGCGAUUCAAACAGACAAAACCCCAGCACCUGCGGAAGAAAGAGGGGCAUGAUGACUGCAAUGGAAGUGUGGAGGCAAAGUCGGCUUUCAUGGACAAUGAAGAUGCAGAAUGGGAUGGAUACGACUGCGUCGAUGGUGACAUGUCGCCACUGGACUGCAGCCGAGGGGGGCAGAGUAGCUCGGACAUCAAGGUCAAGAAAGCGUUCCAGCAAAAUGGCCACGAUGUGGUCAUGGAUUUAGCUCCUAUGCUAGAGUUGUACACAAAAGACGUCGUCAAAGACUCUAAGCCUCUACUUGGAGAAACCCCUGCUCCGGCAGCAGCUGAGAAUGAGGUCAUCAUUCAAGGACGACGCCCUAUAUUUUCUGAGUCAGAAGAAUCUAAUAUUGCCAUUCAGCUGAAACAGUGGAAGGAUCAGGGCAUGAAAUACACACGUCUGGAUGUGGUCAAAAUGGCCUCAGAAUAUGCUGUGCAGCUAGGUAAGCGACCCCAAGGGAGACCCUUAACCGUCAAGUGGUUUCGCAGUUUCCUCACUCGGCACCCAGAGUGCUACAUCAGAAAAUCACGCAAAGUCAAAACAGAGAGGCCUGAGAAGCAGCACUUUAAUCAGCUGGAUUCUGUCUUGUCCACUUAUAGCGUCAAAGAGAGCCCUCAUUGCAUUUUCAGCUUGAUGGAAUUGCCUCUGCCCAUGCUCCGGAAUGGAGAGCUGGCCAUCCCAGACUCCCUCAGCCCUGGCCUGCUUGCCGGCCUCAAUGGCUCCAAAAGCCAGCACAAGGUCAGUUUUGAGGGCGUGGUCCCCACCAGUGUUCUGUUUUGUGGGAGCGCAGCUGGACAGGCCCUCCCGCCAUUUCUGAUUUUUCCAGGGAAAACCUUGGACAAGUCCUGGAUGGCCGGAGUAACUCCAGGCACGGGAGGUGUUGCUUGUAGUUCUGGUCGUGCCACUUCAGAGGUUCUGAUUUCAUUCCUGCGCGAGCACUUUCUGUCGCAGGCACCGGGCCGCGCUGGAGACACUCUUGUCUUGCUUCUCGACGCAAACGUAGGCCGCUGUCUGAGCCAGGCCGUGCUUGACUUAGGAUCUGCCUUCAAGGUUGUCUUCGUUACAGCUCAGUCUUCUCUUAACUCCCAGCUGCAUCCGAUGGCUGUCGGCUGCUGCAACACCUUUCAACGCGAGCUUUGCUUUGAGCUAGAGAAGCCUCUCUAUGCAGCUCAAGCUCCGGCGAUCUCUUCUUCUUCUAUCUGCGAAUUUUUAUGCCGUCUUUAUCACCGCAACAUGUCAGCAGAGAACCUGCACUCCACUUUCCGAAAGGCUGGCAUCUUUCCUUUCAACCCCUCUAUCUGCCGCAAGCGCUACGGAUCAGCUGUAGUGCGUCCAAGUACAAAAGGCGGGCAGGCCAGUAAGCAUGCAGCAGCUGCUGACAGUGGCCAGAUGAAGCAAGAGGGCUGCGAGAAAGGGCUGGGCGAAGAAGACUACGAAGCUGAGGCUUUCAUGGAUGAUGAUGGGGAUGUGCAGUAGCUCAAGCGUUUUGGCUUCCUGUAGUUGAGUGACUAUAGGUUAAUGUUUCCACAUUGCUCCUAUUUGAAUAGUAUUCUCUCUUUAUGUUUAAGCACUCUUUACUGGCUCUCCACUGUCGAAAAAUGUCAUACUGACUCUUUGUGUCAAGAAUGCAACGAAGGUUAUGUACUGAUGUCCAUAUCUUUUAGAAGCAUGGACCUGCAAAAAUGCAGAAAAUAUGACAUUCUCGAUAGUGGUAAUAAUGUAAUGAUACAUACAGAAUAAAUAUUGGUGCUUUUUUGUCCCAGCUUUUAAUUUUAAUGUUACCGAAGAGAUUAAAUAACAAUAUAGCUAGUAUUAUAGUAUUAUACAUGUAAUAUAUAAUUAAAGUAGGUAUAACUAACUAGCUAUUUUUCAUGGAGAUUGUUUAACGAAAUACUCAAGCUUUAUCUGCUGUGUAUAUUUUUGUUCCAGUUUAAAAGCACUGUGUGUGCAAGACUUUCUGAGUCUAUGAAAGUUAGUGUUCUUGGUAGUGAGUCAUUUGUUUUAGUUUUAUUCUUAAUUGUUUUGGGUUACAGAUAUAUGAAGCCAACUGGAACAGAAAAUGAUGGAAUAUUGUUGCAUUUAUAUGAAGCUGACAGUAUUUCAUUUUUUGGAUUGUUAGUGGGUAUAAAUAGUCACUAAAUUUGUACCUGUGCCCUCAUUUCUUUUAGUACCAAGUUCCCCACUUGGAACACAUGACAUGAGUCAUUUCAUUAGCUUCAGUGCUACUUGUAAACUUACCUUUUCGUUUUAAGGUUUCAAAGUUUGCAUCACUGCAUAUUUUUAAAGAUUGGAAAAUUUUCCAUGCCUUUUUAGUUUUCAAGAGUUACAUAGAGAAAAAAAA